AUGCUGCUGUGGAGUUUAGUUGGACAAAGGAGGAGGUAGCAGAUCUGAAUAACACUAGCAUCAUAAUUGCUGCUGAUGUUUGUUAUGAUGAUGAUCUGACGGAUGGCCUAUUCCGAACACUGCACCGACUCUGCAGCAACUUUCCACACACCUGCACUGUCUUCAUCUCCAUUGAGAAAAGGAUGAACUUCACCUUGCAGCACAUGGAUGUUUCCUGUGAAGCCUAUGAUCAUUUCAUCCACUGUAUGAACCAACUUCAGGACCUGGAGAACGGACGAUGUAGUUUCAGAGUCGAUCAGCUCCCUUCUAACUUUGAUCAGUUUAUUUUAUAUGAACGUGUAGAACAACUGGAGCUGUGGAAGGUGACUGCGACUCCUCUUCCUUUUAUGCCAGCCAGAUCUGAUCCGGAAGCAUUUUAAUGUUGAUCUUGUACCAGCACCAAACCAAAGUGAAGAGAAACUUUCACCCAAAAUUUGACCUAAAAUAUGUUUCAAGUUUACAGUUGAUGUUUUAAUUACAUAUAUUUAUAAAAAAAUAUAUAUGUAUAAAAUUAAAUGUAGUAAUCAAGAUAAAUAUUGAAAAUUAAA